GCGCCGGCCGUGCGGCUGCAGCUCGCCUCUGCUCCCACUUGGAGCCGGAGCCGGAGCCGGAUUCCGCGCCCAGCGCCACGUCAACCUAACCCGCCAGCGCCCAGCCCUGCCCUGCCCGCCCCUCCCGGCGCGGUCCUCCGCGCUUUCCCACAAUGCCCCGCGCCAGGCCCCGCCUCCGCUCGCCUAGGAGACCGGCGGCCCCGGAGAAUCCGCCGGAGCGAGCCGCGCGCGCACCGCCGCCGCCGCCGCCGCCGCGACCGGUCCUCCCCCAUCCCGAGCGCGACGGCCCGGCGGUGGGAGCGUGCGAGUUUCCUCCGCCCCCGCGCGCACAGCUUGCACUCGGCGGGGUCCGCCGCCGGGGUCGCGGAUGGGGGAGUCGCCGCCGGAAGCGACCCCGCCGUCGAACCGAGAUUAACAUUUGAUGAGACCGUUUCAUACCCCUUGAUUCAUCCUUGAAGUAAUACGGACAGAAGUUCUCAAAGUGGCGUAUUAGAUCAACUGGAACCAGCUGCGUAUUUUCAUGUUCACUUAAGUCAGAACUUGUAUAAUAAGACAAGAAUGAGAGUCUGGUUAAAUAAAGACGACUAUGUCAGAGACUUGAAAAGGGUCAUCCUCUGUUUUCUAAUUUUGUAUAUGACUGUUUUAGUGGGCACAGAUCAGGAUUUUUAUAGUUUACUUGAAGUAUCCAAAACUGCAAGCAGUAGAGAAAUAAGACAAGCUUUCAAAAAGUUGGCACUGAAACUGCAUCCUGAUAAAAACCCGAAUAAUCCAAAUGCACAUAGUGAUUUUUUAAAAAUAAAUAGAGCAUAUGAAGUACUCAAAGACGAAGAUUUGCGGAAAAAGUAUGACAAAUAUGGAGAAAAGGGACUUGCAGAUAACCAAGGAGGAGGCCAGUAUGAAAGCUGGAAUUAUUAUCGUUAUGAUUUUGGUAUUUAUGAUGAUGAUCCUGAAAUCAUAACAUUGGACAGAAGAGAAUUUGAUGCUGCUGUUAAUUCUGGAGAACUGUGGUUUGUGAACUUUUAUUCCCCAGGAUGUUCACAUUGUCAUGAUUUAGCUCCCACGUGGAGAGACUUUGCUAAAGAAGUAGAUGGAUUACUUCGAAUUGGGGCUGUUAACUGUGGUGAUGAUAGAAUGCUUUGCCGAAUGAAAGGAGUCAACAGUUACCCCAGCCUCUUCAUUUUUAGGUCUGGAAUGGCUGCAGUUAAAUAUCAUGGUGACAGAUCAAAGGAAAGUUUAGUGAGUUUCGCCAUGCAACAUGUUAAAAGCACAGUGACAGAAUUGUGGACAGGAAAUUUUGUUAAUGCCAUACAAACUGCUUUUGCUGCUGGUAUUGGCUGGCUGAUCACUUUUUGUUCCAAAGAAGGAGAUUGUUUGACUUCACAGACGCGUCUCAGACUUAGUGGCAUGUUGGAUGGUCUUGUUAAUGUAGGAUGGAUGGAUUGUGCCACCCAAGACAAUCUUUGUGAAAGUUUGGACAUUACAGCAAGUACUACUGCCUAUUUUCCUCCUGGAGCCACUUUAAAUGACAAAGAGAAAAGCAAUAUUUUGUAUCUUAAUUCAUUGGAUGCUAAAGAAAUAUAUUUGGAAAUAAUGCAUAAUCUUCCAGAUUUUGAACUGCUUUCAACAAACACACUAGAGGAUCGUUUAGCUCAUCAUCGGUGGCUCUUAUUUUUUCAUUUUGGAAAAAAUGAAAAUUCAAAUGAUCCUGAGUUGAAGAAACUAAAAACUCUACUUAAAAAUGAACAUAUUCAAAUUGGCAGGUUUGACUGUUCAUCUGCGCCAGACUUCUGUAGUAAGUUCUACAUUUUUCAGCCAUGCUUAGCUGUAUUUAAGGGACAAGGAACCAAAGAAUAUGAAAUUCAUCAUGGAAAGAAGAUUCUAUAUGAUAUACUUGCAUUUGCCAAAGAAAGUGUUAAUUCUCAUGUUACUACACUUGGACCUCAAAAUUUUCCUGCCAAUGAAAAAGAACCAUGGCUUGUUGAUUUUUUUGCUCCUUGGUGUCCACCAUGUCGAGCUCUAUUACCUGAGUUACGAAAAGCAUCAAAACAUCUUUAUGGUCAGCUUAAGUUUGGAACCUUGGAUUGUACAAUUCAUGAAGGACUCUGUAAUAUGUAUAACAUUCAAGCUUAUCCAACAACAGUGGUUUUCAACCAGUCUAGCAUUCAUGAAUAUGAGGGACAUCACUCUGCCGAACAGAUCUUAGAGUUCAUAGAGGAUCUUAUGAAUCCUUCAGUGAUCUCCCUGACACCAACCACUUUCAAUGAACUAGUUAAAGAAAGAAAACAUAAUGAAGUCUGGAUGGUUGAUUUUUAUUCACCAUGGUGUCAUCCAUGCCAACUCUUAAUGCCAGAAUGGAAAAGAAUGGCCCGGACAUUAACUGGACUGAUCAAUGUGGGCAGUAUUGACUGUCAAAAGUAUCAUUCUUUUUGUUCCCAAGAAGAAGUUCGGAGAUACCCUGAGAUAAGAUUUUAUCCCAAAAAAUCAAAUAAGAAUUCUCAGUAUCAUAGCUACAAUGGUUGGAAUAGAGACGCUUAUUCCCUAAGAAUCUGGGGUCUCGGAUUUUUACCUCAAGCAUCAGUAGAUUUGACACCUCAGACUUUCAAUGAAAAAGUUUUACAAGGAAAAAACCACUGGGUGAUUGAUUUUUAUGCUCCGUGGUGUGGACCUUGCCAGAAUUUUGCUCCAGAAUUUGAGCUACUAGCUAGGAUGAUUAAAGGAAAAGUAAAAGCUGGAAAAGUAGACUGUCAGGCUCAUUCUCAGACAUGCCAGAACGCCGGCAUCAGAGCCUACCCAACUGUUAGAUUUUAUCCCUACGAAAGCACAAAGAGAAAUAUUUGGGGAGAGCAUAUAGAUAACAGAGAUGCAAAAGAAAUUGCUGCCUUAAUAUAUGAAAAAUUGGAAAAUCUUCAAAAUCAUGAAAAGAGAAAUAAGGAUGAACUUUAAUGAUGUUAAGGAUGAAGAGAGAAUUAAAAAGAAGUCCUCACAAAUUACAUCAGAAGAUAUCUUUAGACUGUUUCUUCAUUCUUGAUAAGAAUAAAUGAACAUUAUCUUGGACUUUACUUGCACUGUUUGAGUUCUGUACAACAUUGCUAUAAUGAAGGGUCUGUAUACUUUUCUGUAAAAGGUGAGAUCAUAAAUAUUUUAUUUUGUUCCUGGCAUAGUCUUAAUUCUGUUUUGUUUACAGCCCUUCUUAGCUCAGGGCUAUACAGAGAAUGGCUGUAAGCCAAAUUUAGUCCAUGGGCCAUUGGUUGCUGACCCCUGGAAAUGAUUAGACUGGCUGGCAUGCAUGUCUAAGAUGUACGAAAAGAUCUUCAGUAUUUUUUAAGUUUUGUAGCUGGCCUGAGAAAAGCUAACUUAGUUUUAAGUCACCUGUUUCAGAAAAGAAAUUCUGUAAUUCUCUAGCCGUUCAUUUCAUUUUUUAAACAUAUAAUGUGGCAAAAUUAACAGAUAACCUUAUUUUCAUAUUAAUCAUAGUGAAAAGAUCCCCUUUUUCUUUUCAAAAGUUGAAAAUUUAUUUUUAAUUUUAUUAUUAAAAAAAUGUGCAACAUUAAAUAAGUUUUAUAGAUUUCUACAGCUUCCAGAAAUAAAAGGGAAAAAAGAUAUUUAUACCAAUUAAUUGGGCAUUGUAUACCAAAUACAUUGAGAUUUUAGCAUUCUAUAUUUUAAAAGUUUGUGCAUUCAUAUAUUUCCUGAAUUGCUUUCAUAAAAGUUUUCCUGGGAUAGUAAUUGAUUUCUGAAGCAUCGUUAUGAUAUUCAUGUUUUUGCCCUCUAGACAUUCUGAUUUGAUGUGUAUCCUUCACAUACCUUUGCCUUUUACCUUCAUGGUUGUAAUUUUUCACUCAUGUCUAAUCUCUGUAUAAUUCAUGUAGGCAAAAUAACUGCAAAUUUGUAUCACAGUAGUUCAAAUAAUACUAUAUUCCAAUUUUUAGUUUAUUCAAAAACUACUUUUUAAUGUAAGUACUGCCAUAUCAACUGAAGUUAUUUUUGUAAGAAAAAUACAUAAAUCUAAGAAUUUGACAUUUGCAUUUUUCAGUUGUAUUGAUUAGAAAUAAUCCAAGCUUUUCAUAAAACCAGGGGCUGGAGAUAAAGCUUAGUGGUAGAGCUUUUACCUUGCAAUGUGGCACCUGGGUUUGAUCUCUGGCACAUUUAAAAAAAAAAAAAGUGACUUCUAGAUUCUAAUUGAUUAAAAGAUGUAAUUGAACUUUUCUUUGAAAACACUUCAGUUUAAAAACUGUAAGGUUUAUGUUAUUACACUCUGAAGAUUUUUUCCUCUUCUCUAAUACUUUCUUAUACAUAUAUAGUAUAAUUUAUACAAUAGUAGAUUUUUUUCAAUUCUCACUAUAUUCUUUAUAUUCUUUUCAUACUGUUUCUAGAAUAUCCUUUAUCUCCUUAUACUGGAUGUGUGUGAGCACCUAUGGGACAAUUACCACUCUAAUCGCUAAUUUAUUUUUGGGUUAUGAUCAGCAAUAGAAGUGCCUUUCAUUUAUUAUUUCUCUGUCUCUCCACAUCUAUAAUAGGACAGCUGUAAGGCAUGGUGUCUAUCACCCAGGUAUUUGUAAUUCCCAGUUCUGACACUGAACACAAACAGAUUUACAAGUGUCUGUACUACUACCUUUACAAUGUUGAAUGUAUUAAGUGAGGAGCAACUUACUAAAUAAAAUAAGCAAGUAUUUUAUAACCUAGAAAUUGGCUUUAAUAUGUGCCUAUUACCUAACCCAUGAAAACAACAGAGUCAAACAAAAUAAGAUCCCAGAAAGAGACCUUAAUGAAACAAGUGAUUUACCUGAUAGAGUUUUAAGUAAUGCACAUGCAGUUGCUUUGACAGGUGGGAAUAUUGAUGCAACCUCUCUGGAAAAUGACAUGGGAGAUUCUUUAGAAAAUUAAGAAUGGGAGUCGUGAAAAAUAAUACAGUGGUUAAAGUACUUGUCUUUGCAAGCAACCAACCUGGGUUUCAUCUCUAGACAGUUGGGUGUGACUCCUCCCCCCCAAAAAAAAAAGAAGAAAAGAAUAAUAAGAAUGAAAAUUCUAUAAAAUCCAGCAGUAUCACUUCUGUGUUUUAUUGGAUAUAUAUGAAAACACUAAUUCAAAAGUAAAAUUGCACCCCUCAUUCCUAGCAGCAUUAUUUAUAGUAGUCCAAACUUGGAACCAGUCUAAAUUCCUAUAAAAGAUAGCCAAGUUGGAAAAAAAAACAAACUGCCCUGGUGUAUCUAUGACAUAUAUAAUAUAUGUAUAUAUCAGUGGAAUACUACUGUGCUGUUUUGUGUCCUUUGGGUUAAAAAAUGGAUGGCCCUUGAGGUGUUUUUGCUAAGUAGGGAAAAAAAGGUGAUAAAAGAAGUAUUUAAUGAUUUCACUCAUUUGGAACAUGAAUUCUAAAGCAUAUUAUUAAUCAGUAAACAAAAAAUGGAAGCAGUGAAAAUUAUGGUACAUACCAGGGGAGCAGCUGGUGAGGUGAUGAGAUAGACCUAUCACGACGUGGCAGGAUGGCGCUGGAACUUUGGGGCGGGAGUGGUGAGAACCACAUCAAGAACAGUGAAGCCAACCCCCUGAAAUUCCAUAAUGGAAACCAGUUAGUUAUUUAAAGAGGAUGGUGAGCAAAUAAAGCAAAUUGUAGAUAAUUAUUUCAUUUAUGUAUGAUUUUAUUUAUGUGGUGCUUAAGAGCAUAGAAAGAUGUUCACAAGGAGAAAUGAUAGGUAAAUAAAACCAGUAUUUUAUAGAUGAUGUCUACAUACAAUGGAAUAUUUAUACUCAGCAUUUAAAAGGAAAAGGGAUGAAACUCUUGCAGCAAUGUGGUUAAACCUAGGGGGUAUAAAGCUUAGUAAAUUAUAUGAAAAAAGAAAACCUGUAUCACUUCAUUCAUAUAGUAUAUAAAGAAACCAAAUAAAUAAAGUGAACUUUUAGAUUAAAAGAUGAGUAAGUGGUUUCUGGUCUGGAGGAAAUAAGAGUAUCAAGUAGCAUCAACUGUAUAUGGUAAAAGAUUGAAUUGGAUCUUCUGUAAUGAAGUUAAAGUAAAUAUAUGUUAUUGGUUUUACUGAUACAAAUACUUAAAAAGAACCAUACCCCUAUGGUCAUGGCAGACUUAUUUACUAUAGUCAAGACAUGAAAACUACCUAAGUCCUACUAGUGAAUGAAUUAAAAAAUAAAGUAUAAUAUAUGCAAUAAAAAGUUACCAUAAAAGUUAAAUUCUGCUAUUCCUUUUGAUGGAAUGAACUUUUGUGGACAUUUAAAGUAAGUAAAGUGGUCAGAGCAAAUACAGUGUAUUUGUAUACAUGUAACGUUAUCAAACAUAAGAACUACCUCAGUUACAGAAAACAUUGCCAGUUGCCAAGGUGGGAUGGACAAAAUAGGUGAAGGUCGGGGGCUGGAGUGAUCGCACAGAGGGUAGGGCGUUUGCCUUGCAUUCGGCUAACCCAGGUUUGAUUCCCAGCAACCCACUUAGUCCUCCAAGCACUUCCAGGAGUAAUUCCUGAGUGCAAAGCCAGGAAGAACCCCUGAGCAUCACUGGGUGUGACUCAAAAAGCAAAAAAAAAAAAAAAAAAAAAAUGGGUGAAGGUUGCCAAAAUGUACAAACUCUUAUUUAUAAAUCAGAUCUGUAAAUGUGACAAGCAGAAUAAUGACUAGUGCAGUUUGAAAGAUGCUACCAGAGUAAAUCGUUUAAAUUUUCAUCACAAGUAGAAAAAUACUAUAGCUUGUGGCAGUGCCAUUUAGCAUAGGUGUAAGCCCUGAGGACCAUUGGGUAUGGCUCCAAACAAAAAAUAAAAACAAAAGUUGAAUUGUAAUUGACACAUGUAACAUUGUAUUUUCUUCAGGUGUUUUAGUAUAAUGAUACAUAAUAACAUAUGAAAUGAUUGCCAUAGUAAGUUUAUCAUAAUUAAUAGGCAUCUUUCAAAUUGCCCAUUAUAAAAAUGAUACAUAUUCAUGUGAUAAAUUUUCCGACUUGAGAUAGUAAUAUAUCACAUGGUUUCUUAUUUUUUAAACUGAGAAUAUUUCUAGAUAAACUAUUGUGAUUUGAGGGGCAGGGGUGCAGGAGGUGGUUGGAGCUAUACCAGCGCUCAGGGCUUAGUCCUGAGUACAUUCAGGAAUCACUCCUGGCAGGACUCGGGGCCAACUGGUGCUGGGAUCAAACCUAGGUCGGGUUCAAACCUGGGUUGUCCUGUGCAAGGAAAGUGCCUUAGGAGCUGUGCUAUCUCUCUGCCCCCUAUUGUGAUUUAUUUUUUUAAUACAUCAACAAAUCAUUUUCUCUUUAAAAAUAGUCAUGAAAGAUGAAAGAACACAAGAUUUUACAUGGUAUGUUAGACCGAAGUCUAAAUCACCAUUACUUUGGAAAGGUCAUUUAACCUACAUUGACUAUACAAACAUUUGUUUUAUUAGAAAUUAAGUAGUUUUAGAAUUAAUUUUGUUGUUAGAUAAAAAAUUUAAAGGACCCAAGUAAUAUGUUUCUUCCAUAUCCUGCCCCAAGUAUUUAUUAUUAUAAUCUAUGGAGAGGCCACAACUUAUAUUUUCCUCAAAUGUAAGAACCUAGCACAUUGACAGUGUAUAUUCUAAUUAACAGCUUAAAGUAUUGUAUCACGUUCAUAAAUUCAUUUAAAAUUAAUCUAGUAGCUCAUUUGGGUAAGGAUUGUUAGCUAGACCAGCAAUUACUUAUAUAUAAGAAGCAGAGCAUAUGUAUCCCAUAUACCCCCCAAAAAAUUGUUAGCUAAAAGUUGUGUGCCCAAAAUGAGUACCUUAUAAAUUUAAAAAUUAGUCAUCCUUAUAAUGCUUAGAAGAGUCAAUAUUAAGGGAACUUUUUUAAGAAUGUAAAUCUACCCAGUAAAAAAUCACCUACUUUUAUUUUUAAAUACCACGACUUAUGAAGUUGUUCAUAAUAAAGUUUCAGGCAUACAGUUUUCCAGUAUCAGAGUUACCACUGAUGCUUCUUUCACCAGUGCCUCCAGAUUCACUCCUGUCUCCAGCCUGCCUCCUUUAACAGUACUUUCAAGUUCUUUUGAUAUACUUUUCUUAGAUUUAAAUCUGAAACAUUAGGUACCAGUAGAUGGCAGUAAAAUAUAACUUAAAACAGAAGGUAACUUGACUACUUUUGGAAAAUGUUGUUUCUACCUCAGUUCUUAAUGAAAAUUCACAGUCUAGUUUAACUUUUUCACUAAUAAGACCCCAAGUAUCAGUCACAUACAUUUAACAAAUAAAUUUUACUCUUUUCUGGGGCAAGGUAGGGCUUUUGCUUUGCUUGGAGCCACCCAGGUUCAAUUCCUAGCACCCAAGAUAUGUUCCCCCAGGCACUGCCAGGAGUGAUCCCUGAGCACAAAGACCAGAGUAAGGCUUAAUCACUGCCAGUGUACACUCCUCCCCAAAAAAGAAACUUUUCUAUAUAAUCUGUAUAGCAAGACAAACAUUCAAGUGUAUAAAUGAUAGAAAAGAUUAAUUCAAGAAAGUUAUAAAGGCACCUAUACUACUACUACUGGAGCAAUAGCACAGCGAGUAGGGCAUUUACCUUGCACGUGGCCGACCCGGGUUUGAUUCCUUCAUCCCUCUUGGAGAACCCGGCAAGCUACCAAGAGUAUCCCGCACGCCAGCCUGGCAUAUUCGAUAUGCCAAAAACAGUAAAAACAAGUCUCACAAUGGAGACAUUACUGGUGCCCGCUCGAGCAAAUCGAUGAACAACGGGACGACAGUGCUACAGUGCAUACUACUAUAAGUAACUACUCACCCCAGGAGAACCAGGAGUAACCCUUAGAGCAUCACUGGAUAUGACUAACCCCCCCCCCAAAAGAAUAAAAAUCUAAAAAUAAAUAGCUGAACAUAUAAAUCACCUCAAGCCCUGUCAGGAGUGACACCUGAGCACCAAGAUAGGGUUAAACCCUGAGCACAGUCAGGUCUGACCCCAAAAGUCCAAAAUAAAGCCUGUAUAAAAUUGUACUACUGGUAAUGCCUUUUUAUUCCAUAAGUUCUUAAUCUUAGAUUUAGGGCCACAACUGGUGGUACUUGUGGGCUGCUGCUAGCUGUGUGCUCAGGGAGCCAUACCGUACCAGGGGUUGAAGCAUGUGCUAAGCCCUUUGAGCUAUAGACCUCUUGACCUUUUUUUUUUUUUUUCUAAUACAAUAGACUUCCUAGGCUCUUUGGUGGUUUUAAUACUUUUUUCAUGAAAUAAGUAUCAUUUAGGGGGCAAAAUGAUCAAAGCAUUCUGGUCUAAGAAAUGGGUUUCUUAAGUACCUGCCGUAGAGGCAGGCAGGG